AUGAGCGACGGUAAUCAACCAUCCACCCUCGAUGAGCAUCUAAAGCCCCAAGCCAAACCGGAAGAUGAGCUCAGUGAAAGCCUUGCAGUGCCCGAGAAACACGAGCCUGAAUGGUUGGAAGGGGUACCUCUAGUCAUGGCCGUGAGCGGGACUACGCUUGUCGUUUUUCUCAUGUUGUUAGAUAUCUCGAUUGUUUCAACGGCCAUUCCCCAGAUCACAAACCAGUUCCAUUCCCUCGACGACGUGGCUUGGUAUGGAAGUGCGUAUACAAUCGCGAGUGCCUCUCUUCAACCCCUCACGGGAAAAUUUUACAACUAUUUCCAAUUGAAGUGGACAUUCCUUUCCUUCUUCGCAUUUUUUGAAAUCGGUUCAUUAAUUUGUGGAGUUGCCAAUUCCUCAAAGAUGUUGAUCAUCGGCCGUGCGGUAGCCGGAAUGGGGUCCUCGGGGAUGUUGAACGGAGCCAUGAACAUUCUUGCUGCUGCUGUUCCGAUGCAUAAAAGGCCGACACUGAUGGGAAUCAUCAUGGGGAUCGCACAGCUCGGAUUGGUUUCUGGACCGCUAAUUGGCGGUGCUUUUACGACAUCUUCGACAUGGCGAUGGUGCUUCUACAUCAACCUCCCAAUCGGCGCCCUAGUAGGUGCUCUUCUGAUAUUCGCCCGUAUUCCGGAACAGAAGCCCAAAGAAAAAGCCAGUCAAGUAGUCCGGUCGAUGCUUCUCUACAAAUUCGACUGGAUUGGCUUCGUUCUUUUCGCCCCAGCCUGCAUCCAAUUACUCCUUGCACUACAAUACGGCGGAAACCAGUACCCCUGGGACAGUGUGACGGUAAUUGGAUUGUUCUGCGGUACAAUUGCAACAUUGCUAGUCUUCAUCGCAUGGGAGCGCCACAUGGGCCGCGAUGCAAUGAUUCCGGGAUACCUACUCCGUGACCGGAUUGUUGUAUGUUGUUGUAUGUUCUUCAUGAUGGUUUUCGGUAUGACAAUGAUUCUGUCAUAUUAUCUGCCCAUCUACUUCCAGUCUGUUCGGGGGAAGUCGGCUUUAGUCAGCGGUGUCAAUCUACUACCGAAUAUACUGUGCCAGUUAGUCAUGGCCGUUAUAUCAGGGGUUCUUACCGGGAAACUGGGCUACUAUCUCCCAUGGGGAGUCUUCGGGGCAAUGCUAAACUCAAUCGGCAGCGGCCUCCUAUCAAACCUCACACCGGAUACCUCAGUCCCUGACUGGGCUGGUUAUCAAUCCUUAGUCGGAUUCGGCAGAGGCGCCGCAACCCAAGUACCCAUGGUCGCAAUCCAAAACCAAGUAACAGCAGACGAAGUCUCAACCGCACUGGCUCUCAUGACCUGUAGCCAAACUCUGGGUGGAGCAAUCUUCCUAGCUGUUGGACAGGUCAUCUUUGCCCAGGCACUGCGGGUGAAGAUUCCGCAACAUGCUCCUGCUGUGGAUCCGGAAACAGUGAUUGGCGCUGGUGCGACGGGGUUUCGGGAUGUGGUGUCUUUGCAGGAUUUGCCGGGUGUUUUGACGGCGUAUGCGAAAAGUGUGGAUCGAGUAUUCUAUUUAGGUGUUGGGUUGUCUGUUGCUCAGUUUGUCUUUGCCUGGGGGGUUGGGCUCAAGAAUGUGAAGAAGGAUAAGGGAAAGGUGGGCGGGGAGGUGGCCGAUGAUAAGCCUUGA